CUUUGUUCCGUGUGACUUUUAUAUUUCUAUGUUUCUCUCUUUUCUCAAUUUGCCUUCCAAAACAACUCAGAUCCAUCGUCAACGCCAUUUUCUUCCCUUCUUCAUUAGCCCCCAACCAGGGAAUUUGUCUUUUAAAUUUAGUUGUUGAAGGGUUGCACUGAAUUGGAUUGAUGUGCAAUGCAGAGAUCACGUAAAGCUCUUCUGGAAGGAAGAGCUUUAGACAACAAGCCUCGUUAUGGGAAAAACCUUCUAUAUGAAGUUUCUCUCUCUUUGGUUUUUGUUUUGUGGGGCCUGUUCUUCCUCUUCAGCUUAUGGAUCAGUCAUGGUCAUGGUUACACAGAUGAAUCUGAAGAACAUUCAAUGGGUUUAUCAAAAUGGAAUGAAGAUAAGCACGGACAGUGCAAAAUCUCUAAUUCUGUUGUUGAAUAUUUAAUUGAAGAAACUGAUGCUUACAUUCCUUCCAAGAAUUUGAUUAAAGGUGUCAAGGUUGGUGAGUCACUCCCCAAUGGAGAAAGCAGUGAUUAUGCUGUACCUUAUAAUAAAGAAAAUAUUGAUUUUCCUACUAGAGAGAAACAUGAAGUUGAUAGUAGUGAAUCUGCUGUCAAACCUGAAAAUGAUGUGCAAAAAUAUGAUCAUUUGUCUUGGGCUGUGCCUCUUGGUCUUGAUGAGUUCAAGAGCAGGGCAAUUAGUUCUAAAAUUAAGCCUGGCACUGGUCCAUCUGGAAAUGUAAUACAUAGAGUGGAGCCUGGUGGUGCAGAAUACAAUUAUGCUUCAGCAUCAAAGGGAGCAAAAGUUUUAGGUUCUAACAAAGAAGCCAAAGGUGCCUCUGAUAUCUUAAGCAGAGAUAAAGAUAAGUAUCUUCGAAAUCCAUGUUCUGCUGAAGAGAAAUAUGUCAUUAUUGAACUUUCAGAAGAAACCUUAGUAGAUACAAUAGAAAUAGCUAAUUUUGAGCACCAUUCUUCCAAUUUAAAAGAUUUUGAACUUCAUGGAAGUCUGAGCUUUCCAACAGAUGUUUGGGUUUUCCUUGGGAAUUUUACUGCCUCAAAUGUGAAGCAUGCUCAAAGGUUUGUUCUUCAGGAGCCAAAAUGGGUGAGAUACCUAAAGUUGAAUCUUCAAAGCCACUAUGGUUCAGAAUUUUACUGCACACUAAGUAUAGUUGAAGUUUAUGGUGUGGACGCUGUUGAGAGGAUGCUGGAGGAUUUGAUAUAUACUCAAGAUAAUCUCUUUGCACCUGGGGAAGGUAGUGAUGAUAAGAGGACAAUAUCACCCCAUCCUAAUCCUGCUGAGAGGGAAGAUGUUCAUCAAAAUACUUUUGGAGGGAUCAAUUCUGACCCUGCUUCAGAUAUCUCUUCUGCAAAUCAUGAGAUAGUAAAUAGUAAUGCUCAUGAUCCAGUUGAAGAAAUCCGUCAACAAGUUGGAAGGAUGCCUGGGGAUACUGUUCUCAAAAUUCUGAUGCAAAAAGUUCGUUCUCUAGACUUAAAUUUGUUUGUGUUGGAGCGGUAUAUGGAGGACUUAAAUUUUAGAUAUGUCAAUAUUUUCAAAGAGUACAGCAAGGACAUAGGAGGAAAAGAUAUACUUCUACAGAAGAUCAAAGAAGACAUUAGGAAUCUCGUUGACUGGCAGGAUGUUAUAACAAAAGAUGCUAGUGAUAUCAAUUCUUGGAAGACCCAUAUUUCCAUGCAGUUGGAUCAUCUACUCAAGGACAAUGUUAUUUUGAGGUAUGAAGUUGAAAAGGUCCGGGGGAAACAGAUUUCCUUGGAAAACAAGGGUGUAGUUGUGUUUUUAGUGUGUUGUAUUUUCUCAUUGCUAGCUAUUUUACGGAUAUCUCUGGAUUUGGCUGUGAGUGUCUGCAGAGUACCAAGCGUUAAUAGAACAACAGUUUACUCCGGGAAAUUUUGUGCGGGUAGCUCUUCCUGGUUUCUCCUAUUAUUGAGUUGUAUCAUUAUUAUUUUCAUAUUAACUUUGUGAUAGUCCAUUUUUGAGGUAUGUUGUUAUCUUGUGUGAGAUGCUCAGUGAUUUUGUUGCUUCUUUUUAUAUAGAUCUCGAAGCUUCCUUCA